AUGCAACAGGGCGUGGAAACAAACAGUCGAAUCAUAGAGCUGAGCGAAUCUCUCGGUGUGAAAAGUUACAUAUUCUGCCCCUGCGCGGUUUAUGGUAAAGGAGAAGGAUUCGGGAACAAGAUAUCGAUUCAAACAGCUGCUAUUGUGAGAGCAGCAAAGGCAACUGGAAGAGUAUACAAUUUGACUGAAAGAGACGAUUGGGCUUGGCCGGUCUGCCAUUUGCUUGACAACACCAUGUUGUACGUCGAGAUACUGCGGAAGAUACUGUCAUCUGACGAUAUCCCCCAUGGCCGAAAUGGUUACUACCCCCCGUCAAGUGGUCGGGCUGCAUGGAAAGACGUAUACGCAUCCAUUGCCACUGCACUUUUCAAAAGAGGUCUCCUCAUGGACUGUGCUGUCCAUCCGGCCGACGAUGAUAUUCUAGCUGCUAUGGCUGCCGCGCUCGACUCGCCGAAAGAAAUGGUGGCGGUCCAAGUGGGUGGCGAGUACGUGAAUCCCUUUCUCAGGUCCAAAGGCAACAAGAGUAACUUCUUUUCCGCAGAUGUCUUUUGA